CACACCACCUUCUAUACCAUCUCCAGAUGUACAUCAGCCAUCUGCUGAUGUUGCUGAUGUUGCUGAUUCUGCUGAUACUGCUGAUUUGGAUGAUCCUGCUCCUCAUGAUCGACCAUUCAUUGAGCCGUGCGGAAAAGGGUUUCUUCCUUCUAGAGUUGCUUCACAGGCCAUCACUAGGACUAUUAAGCAACAAUUUCUGCAGCCUUGGGCAUCAUGGGGAGUAAUCUCUGACGACGAUAAAAAGCUAUUUUGGGAGAGAUUUAAGGUAAAACCAUGUCUUACUUAAUCAUCUUGCAUCACCAUAUUCAAAUAGGAAUUUCAUUUGCUUUAUUUUAACAUUAUCUAUUGUAACAGCAAAAGGUACAGUGGGCAGCUGAGCAUGAAACACAAAUUCACAAAAACUUUAACAUGAAAGCAUCUCACCGAUUAUCAGAAAUGUUUAGAGAUGCCCGGCUCGCAGGACAACGCCCUUAUUGGGUGGGGGAGCACAUAUGGAAUUCAUUGUUGGCGCAUUGGAAUACGCCACANUAUCGCAUUAAAUGUGCUACCGCCCAGAAAAAUAGGGCAUCAGAAAAAGGUGGUGCACUGCAUACUGGAGGAUCCAUCACCACACAUGAACAUGCGAUUCGUAUGGCAGCGGCGCUUGGACGGGCUGUUCAUGUUGAUGAAGUCUUUACACAGACUCAUAUUCGCAAGGGGACUGGUGAAUAUGUCGAUGAGAGGUCUCGCAAGACCAUUGAAGAUUUUUCUGCGAGAUUGACACAGGCAACACCAGAGGGGGGAUCUGGUGCUGAUGAAGAAAUGAUCAGGACCCAAUGNUGGGUUGAUACAGUCGGGGGAAAAAAGAAAGGACGACUGUAUGGGGUAGGGCAACUUGCCUCUCAUUAUAGUGCUGGAAGAGGAGGCAUAUUCAGACAUCAACCAUCUACCUCUACCACAUUUGACCCCAACAAUGUCGUCAGCAAAGAUGCUUAUGAUUCACUUUUAGCCAGAUUUGAAAAUCUGGAAAAUCUGGUUAGGACAUUGGUUCCUCAGCAAGGACAUACCGCCCCAUCAUCAUCCCAGCAGCCUCCUUUCCAGACCACGGUUGUGCAAGACGAAGAUAGUGAUGAUUCUGAUGAUCGUGAUGAUCCUAAUCCUGAUGGUUAUCAUAGGUUUUGAUAUUUAGGAACUUUAGG